UUUCAUUAUUUUAAAACCCAAAACAACUCGUAAUGUUGAGCUCUGCUUCUUUAUUUAACUUAAUUUGUUGAGUAAUGUAUGCAUUUUUAAAUCAACCCUUUCGGCGUCUCUUCUCUUGUUUUACUGAAAAAUAUUUAAGGCUGGAACGAUGUCGACUCUACUUCAGGAAAUAGGAAGCUACGACGCAUGUGCAGCUUCUGAACUGAAAAAGGCAGGUUUCCAAACUGACUCAGAGAUCCAGACUCUGACUCUGGAAGACCUGCAUGACAUUUUUCCUGGACUGGAGAAACUAAAGCAGAUAAACAAAAUCUUAAAAAUAAUUCAUAAGCAGAAGCAAAUUGAUCCGUUCCUGGAAAAACUUGAAGAUGUUUCCCAACGAGACUCUCUCAGAGGUGAUGUGAUAAAGGAGUGCCUUAACAGGAUACAGAACAUAAAAGACCAGCUGGAUGAGAAACAGACUGUCCUUAAACGUCACAAUGAUUUUUCAAAGGACAUCAGCAAAAGUCUGGAUUCUGAAAAAGUCUGUCAGCCUCCAGCUGCUCCUCCCCCUGAACCUGAAGAGCUUCCACACCAGGAAGUAGAUGACCAACUGUUACCAGGUCCAGGACCCUCCUCUGGUCUCUCAGAGAAUGUAACGGACAUGGAGGAAGAGAUGGAACAGGAUACAGCUUUACAAAUGAAACCAGGUCAACUUUGUUUGAUGGAAACAAAACGCUACGAAGCAGGCGCAGCUUCUGUAGAGACAAGUACCGAGGUGGAUUUCCAGACUGACUCUGUGGUCCAGAUUCUGUAUCGAGAAGACCUGCGACAACUGUUUCCUGGACCAGAAUAUCUAAAGCUGAGAAGGACCAUCUUUCAAAUAAUUCAUAAUCAGACGCCAGCACAUCUGCUCCUGGAAGAACUUAAAGGUUUUACCCAACAAAACUCUUUUAACGACGCUCCUGUAGCCAGAUACCUUGAAAGGAUAAAGAACACAAAACAGCUGUUGGAUGAGAUGCAGAUUAUCCUUGAAGCUCAUAAUAAUAUGCAAAAGGAUGGAAGCAAAAGUCUGGAUUCUGGAAAAGAAAAAGGAGAUGACUUCAGCUUUUCCAAGGCCUUUUCUUCUUGGUUCAAAGGUUCCUCACAGAAAACCCAAGAUUCUUCAUCAGACACCAAUGCUCCCCUAACAACCAAUGAGAAGAAAAGUGACUCAAAUGAAAAGAAGAGAGAAGUGAGGUUCAAGGUGGAGGUCAGUGGUAAAACUUUUGGUGCUGAUCAACAACUUUUGGAUGAAAUAAAGACUCCAGACUUGAAAUGGAUAGAGAGGGGAGAACACGACAUCACCAUUGUUUUCUGUCCUGUUACAUCUCGAGCAGGAACAGAUGCUGAAGCAGCCAUGAGGAAAGUUCCAGAUGGUGAUCCUGUCAUUUUGGUCUUGAUGCAUCACUCCCAAGAGCCCAGACACAUUUCCUCUUCAAAAGUCUUAUCUAGUAACCCUAAUGUUGUCCUGGAGGUCAAUAUUUUCUACCACAACAAAAAGAACGGUUUGCUGGGGUGUGAACAAAAUAAAAAAGCAGCCCUUGAGUUAAAGGAAGAACUAAAGAAGUACAGCAGACCACAAAGCUCUGGAUCUAAUGGUGAAAAUCAAUGCAACAGUUGAGGUUGCCAUUGUCUAAAGUGUUGUUAGCUUUGGUUGUGUAGUUAGUUUUUGUAACAAAGUAAAAUUAGCUAAUGGGUUAAAGAACUGUAAUUAUUAAUGCACAGAGAAGUUAAUAUCAAGAUCUUGUUCAUAACUGAAUUAAUUUAAUUUUUUAACUAUUUCAUGCUUUUCAGCAGCAGAGAUCCUUUCUCUGACCCAUAUUUCUUGAAAAUGUUGGUCUGCUUAAUAAUAUGGAACGUCCUUCUUUGUAAUUUCUUUUCCUUUAAUUAAACUCAUCUGACAAACUAACUGU